AUGGUGUUUGCACCAGUUUGCGGCUAUUUUGGCGAUCGCUACAAUCGAAAACUUAUAAUGCAAAGUGGUUUGAUUAUUUGGACGCUUUCUGUUUUACUAUCGACAUUUUGUAGUCCUGCACAUUUUUAUCUGUUCAUGCUCUGCCGUGGUAUAGUAGGAAUUGGCGAAGCAUCUUUUGCGACUGUUGCACCGACAAUAAUAGCGGAUAUGUUUGAGGGGAAUCAACGAAGUACAGCUUUAAUGGUUUUCUACUUUGCAAUACCUAUUGGAAGUGGUUUGGGAUUUAUUAGUGGUGCAACUAUUUCACUUUGGACAGGAGUUUGGCAAUGGGGUGUUCGUCUGACAUCUAUUUUGGGUGUUAUAAGCUUCCUGCUACUUUAUCAUGCUGUUGAGGAACCAGUACGUAGCGUAAUUGAUGACUCCAGCUCUGAAGAGUCUUAUUUCUUUGAAGAUGUGAAAUAUCUGCUCACUGUACCGACAUUUAUCACCACUACUAUUGGAUUAACUGCAGUCGUCUUUAUGACUGGAUGCGUUGCGUGGUGGGCACCCACGCUAAUGGAACAUGCAUGGGCUGUACAGCACAGUACUAGCCAUGUCAGUAAUGAAAUUAAGGCUAGGAUUGGAUUAGUAUUUGGAUUAAUCACAUGUCUAGCUGGUUUUGUUGGUGUUCUUGGUGGUUCUGCAUUAUCUCAGAUGUGGCGAUCAGGUUUUAGAAUAUUGCCUAAAAACCUUCAUGCUGACCCACAUGUCUGCGCUUUGGGUGCUUUUUUAGCUAUACCAUUCUUGUAUUUGGCUCUUGUACUCUCACCAAAUUAUACGGCUAUUUCCUUGGUCUUCACUUUUUUGGGCACAACAUGUUGUUGUAUGAAUUGGGCCGUCAAUAUGGAUAUCUUAAUGUAUGUUGUCAGUUUACGUCGAAGAUCGAUUGCUUCAGCUACUCAGACGUUGAUUUCUCACCUUUUUGGCGAUGCUUCCUCUCCUUAUAUUGUGGGACUGAUAUCAGAUAGGAUUCGCGAAGUUACAGGAAAUGAAAGGUCUGUUAUUGCAAAUUUUAUUGCUCUACAGCGCUCGCUGUUUGUGCCAAAUUUCGUACUUUGUUUGGGUGGUUUUAUGUAUUUGGUGUCAACAUUUUACAUUGAUCAAGAUAAGGAAAAUGCAGAUAGAUUGACGAUUGGUACAUUUAUGUAG